CGCCGCGGCGGGGAAGGCCCCCGCACACGUGUGUCCGCGGCGCCGGGCGGCGGCCAUGAGGCGGCCGAACGUGCUGAUCACCGGCACGCCGGGAGUCGGGAAAACCACGCUGGGAAAGGAGCUGGCGUCCAGAGCAGGGCUGAGCUACGUCAACGUGGGGGACCUGGCCCGGGAAGGAGAGCUGUAUGAGGGCUUUGACGAGGAGUACGACUGCCCCAUCUUGGAUGAGGACAGGGUGGUGGACGAGCUGGAGGACAGGAUGAGCGAGGGAGGGGUGAUUGUGGAUUACCACGGCUGCGACUUCUUCCCCGAGCGCUGGUUCCACAUCGUGUUUGUGCUGCGCACGGACAACUCGUGUCUGUACGACAGGCUGGAGAGCAGGGGCUACACGGGGAAGAAGCUGCAGGACAACAUUCAGUGUGAAAUUUUUCAGACUCUAUAUGAGGAAGCUGUGUUGUCAUAUAAAAAGGAAAUUGUACAUCAGUUACCCAGCAACACUCCAGAGGACCUAGAGAGGAAUUUGGAUCAAAUUAUGCAAUGGAUUGAGCAAUGGAUGAAGGACAACAACUGACUUUUGGUGAAACAGUAACUGCUGGAUCUCUUGGGAGGGAGGGUUUAAUAAAUGAUAUUCAUAAUUCUUGUAUUAUAAAUGAACAUAAAUUUUGUUGUAACUGGCUGGGGAGUAGAAGAAGCUUUGGAAUAGCCAGGUUGUGAGGAUUUGUAACAGCACCCUGAGAAACAACAGGAGAACUGAUACAAGUGACUGAAAGGAUGAAAAUAGAUGGUUGUCCUGAGUAGCAGGAGCUGUGUUCACUGACUGAGAAUUCCUUGGACCUUACAAUUAAAACCAAACCAUGAAUUCCCUGCAUGAAAACUGUUAAGAGCUGCUAACAGGUGGCAGUUGAGGUGCUUUGAUUUCCAGAGGGUGGAACAGUGUCCUGGAAAGGAGCUGGUUUGAUGCUGAGUUGUGGUACCAAACCCUGCUGCACUCCACUGUGGCCUUGGGCGUGUGGGGGUCAUCAGUGAGAGGGUUUGGUACAGGUGGAGGUGAGUCCUUUGCCUUGGAGGGAAAAGAAGUGAUGUGAGAGUUGCUGUAAAAUGAUUGCACGGAGCUUUGGGGAUUCCUUCAUGUGUAAGGAAACAUCGGUUGUGUGAGCCCUGGUCUGGUGUGUGUAACAAUAAAGUUUAUUUUUCCUUU